AUGCUUCCAAAAAUGAAUGUUCCCACACGUCUUGGAAAAGAGUAUCUGCUUGAGCACAGAAUGCAUAAAGCCAUCUCAAAGCCUGCCCAGCAUCCCCAUCAGGAAGAUAGCAGAUCUUCAAUCAACCAUCGUACAGUCCUUUGUAAAUUUUUUUUGAUGAACUCUUGCAGGCACGGCGAAAACUGUACUUAUUCUCAUGAAACAAGUAAGUUUCCAUGCAGAAUGUACUAUCUGAAUAACAACUGCAACAAGAAAGAUUGCUCUUUCUCACAUGGCCCAUUCUCAGAUGAUGUGAUAUGCAAUCUCAUAAGCGAAAAACAUGAGACUGUGCAAUUCAAGUCAACCUUGAAAUAG